GCUGUCGCUUUUUCCAGCCACGGAGAAUCGCGUACAGGCACACCUUGUACUUAGAACUUGACACAUACCUAUAAAUACACAUAUAUACAUACGCGUACACACAGGUAUACACGUACAUCAGGUACACGCAACGCGUGAACAUACGUGUCCGCGCGCACACAUUAACCACGCAUAGACACUAAAGCCAACUACGGGAAACAGAGAGUAAAGAAAUACACUAUUUGUUAAAAAUACACGUAUCGCUACUUAAGUGGCCACGUACGUUUGUAGAAUAUACGGGAGCACGUGUAUCCAUCCGGAGGGGCAGCUGAACGCGAGAGCGCGGCUGAAAGAACGCACGCAUUUCCCCGCUCGGAAGCUUCCGCAGCUUUCAAGUAACAGGUCAUUUGCAGUUCCAUUUCCCGAGGGAGAUUUUCCAUGAUACCCGGUGUAAAACAAGUCAAAGUUCAUGGGAAUGCCUUUUUGGCAAAAGGGUGAGCCAAGUGGCUCGGCAUUCUAUCGAUUUUGGUUGGAGCAAUCUUGUUUUUGGUACAUUGACAACUUAUUGUGAAACGAGGGCGAACAACAUAGCGGAUAUCUAGCACGAGAACAACUUUAUGCCGGUAACCCGAGCCGGAAACCAGAACGCCAAAGAAGGCGCAACAGGGAGCUAAAAGAAAGAGUAUUUCCUCCGUUUCUGCCUAUCGAAGACAGGCUACGCCACUACAUUCAUGAUGAUACCUGCGCACGUGGUAUCCUUCGUCAAAAAGAUGGUGACGACGCAACCAGAUUCCGGAACAACCGGAUCGGUUACGCCGGAUGAAGGCGGCACUACCUUCAGCAAAUGGAGGCAGCUGGGAAGCGGCGUGAUACGAGACGUCACAAAAUUUGGUCCCGCUAAGGUUACACCAGUUGAAGAGACACAGCCCAAGGAAGAAACGACGAUAGAAUCAACGAAGACGAAGUCGAAAACCGGGGACGAUUGCCGAGUGUGUCGGAAGUCGUUCGCGCCUGAAGAAGCCUCGAGAAUCUGCUGCGAGUGCCAACACAAAGUUUGCGAGGACUGCGCUUGCUAUUCAACGACAACGAAUUCCGACGAUCCGUCGUCCUGGCGGUGCAGCGUGUGUCGACGAAAACUCGCGUCUCGGGACCAGCCGAUCGUGACACAGGAAUCGACCGAUUCCUUACUCGAGGUGCCAGUUUUAGAGGCUCUCCAGAGGAGGCACAGCGACGCGAGACUCGGCUGUCAGAGCGGAAGUCAAAUCGGCGGUCUCGGUUCCGGACUGGCACCUCCGAGGAGCCCGGAACUCAGGAGGCAUUCGGAUGUGUCACCCGCGAGUUUAAAGGAACUCGAAAAGUUUCGAAAGGUUGCAGGAGAACGCCGCGACGAGCUGAGAUGGGAAAGGGACCUGGAUCGCAACAUCAGGUCUAGGGCGACCUCGCCGGAUCGUCACCAGGUCGAUAGGGGUAGGGCCACCAGUCCCCAGAGGGUCGCUGUCGUAGCAUCUUCCGUCGGCGGGGAGCCACCGGAUAUAUUGAAUCCGGACGAGGAGGAAGAACGUCGAAGGCAUGUACGUCGUCCAAGUAGUACAGUUCGUAGAAUGACCAGGCAAAGAUCUUACGACGACGAAAUGAAGAACGUGGCGGCUAUGUCUGGGGGCGGAGGACAACACGCUCAUCCGGAACCUGGUUUAGGGCUUCCUGUGCAACUACCGAGACGGGCAUCAGCCUACGACGUGUAUGCCACACCAGGAGCCGGUGGACUUAACGCCAUGGCCAUCGCAGCAGCUCAACAAAGAGCGUCGAUCUCAGCGCAAGGUGGUAGGAAACCAGAGGAAAGACCGACGGCUCGUAGAUCAUCGUUUCGAGCAGUGAAGCCGGUGAUGCCCUAUGAAGUUGGAGCUGAAGAUGAGAGUAUGAUGAACUUGGAAGCAUCUCCUGUGGCAGUGGUUUCGCCAAAGGUGGGGCCUCCGUCUGUUUUAGGCCCUGACGAAGAACGUCGCACCAGACGAAGGGGCUCUCAACUACCGGAUAUAAACGCGAUAAAGGGAUUGGCAUCUUCGGGUUCUUCAGGAGCUGCCAAAGUACCUCCGUCGGCUGUGAAUAGAGUCGCGGCCGAAGAUCGUGAGCUUGCUCGACAAGGAAGCCUGGUGGAUGGAGAAAGUAUCAAGAUCGUUAUCCAUCACGCGGACAAUGACAUGACGCCAUGGGUGAAUGCAAAGAGAAGGAUAAAACUGAGAAGAGAUCCAACUUUAGACAAAGGGCACAGGACCGCUGGUUUCGGCUUAAGGAUAAUCGGCGGAAAAACAGUGGCUGAUGGACGUACUUUUGCAUACGUGAUGUGGACCGUGCCAGAUGGACCAGCGGCAAAAGCUGGUGUACAACGCGGUGACAAGGUGCUUGAGUGGGGCGGAAUGUCUCUGGUAGAUCGAAGUUUCGAAGAAGUCCUUCAAAUAACAGAACGAGGCGACGAUGUGAUUGAGUUGGUGGUCGAGCACGCUGGCGACACCGGGGACCUGCCGGAGGAUUUAGCCGCUGUGCCGUCAUCGGGAAAAGGGCCGGGAAGUCUGGGACUGCUGAUGGAAGGGGAAACGGAUAAAACGCCCUCAUCACCGACGCGCAGGAAACUGCCAAAGACGCCGGAACAAAUCGCGAAAGAGAAGCAAGUGACGGGCCGGGUACAGAUUCAAGUUUCCUACGAAGCGGAUCGCAAGGAGUUGAUCGUUUCUGUUUUCAUGGCAGACGACUUGUGCCCCAGAGAAGAUACGGGAUACGGUACAUUACCGGAAGCCUAUGCUAAAUUGGUUCUAGUCCCGAUUUGUGCUGAUCAAAUUACUUUGAAAACCGCGGUCGCGGAGCCAAGUCAAAAGCCAAUUUGGAAUGCAACAUUGCUCUUCUCCGGAGUCGAUGGAGAAAGUUUGAUGAAGCGAGCAAUCGAAGUAACUCUCUGGGAUUUCUGUCCCGAUGGCGAUAACGUUUUUCUCGGCGAAUGCAGCGUUGAUUUACAGCGAGCUCUCGAAAACGAUAGAGCUGUUUGGUAUCGGCUAGAAGAUCCUCGCGGCCUUCGCGCAAGCAAAUCGCCGUACUGUUCUCCCCGUGGCUCACUUUCAAUGGAAAUUGCCCAAAGGUUACUGCGAAAGACGGAACUGCGCGAAAGAAGCUACAGUGACGAUACACAAAGCGACAGCGGAAGUCCGGAGCUCGGUUACCUUCACCCGGAUCACGCUUGGCAUGCAAAUUCUAGGAGAGGUUCCAGCCAAUCCGAACAGCUAGAAGUGGAACCGUACGAACUUAACAGAGAUUACAGUAGAUCGUUGCCCGGCAGCCGAAGAAGCAGUUUCCAAAGCCAAGGCGGCACCGACAGUAAACGCGGAAGCAUGGGAGAAGCCGAUAUGCCGAAUAUAGUGCACUACAAUCGGGAUCGACGACGGAGCUCGUUCACCAGGCCGAUGAGGGAUCCCGAAGAAAUUCUAGAAGGUCUACGAUCACUGAAAGCGGCCAAGAGGGAGCUUGGCAGGACGAUGAGUCUCACAGGAGACAAAAGGCGCGAGAGCCGGCGGGGUGAGCGCAAAGACAGCAUCAUGAAUAUUCCGGAGAGGUUUUACGAUCGCAACAGUGAAUCAGAAGAGGAAGAAAAGUGGAGUCAGCCGAUGAGAAACGAAAAUGGCGUUGACGCAAAGCUGGGUCGCGGACAGGUGCCACCAAAGGGAUUCAAGAUGAUAGCUGGAGGUCAAAAUGGCGAGGUGAAACUGGGUUUCUGCCUAAGCAAGGGAACGCUUGAACUCGAGGUUAUAUGUGCUAGAGACAUUUGCCCCGGCGAAAAAGAAGAGCCAGACACCUACGUGAAAACAUAUCUUCGAGAUGGCGAUAGGUGGCUGCAAAAACGUAAAACACGCGUAAUACGGCACUCGAGGAACCCGCAAUAUCGUCAAACUAUCAAAUACAGCAGCUGCGACGCCCUCGGGAGGAAUCUGUUGGUUAUGCUAUGGGAGAAGAAGCAGGCGUUCGAAAGUAAUCAAGGCUUAGGUGGGGCUGAAGUGAGCCUCGAUCUUCUUCCAUUGACACGGCUGACCGUCGAUUGGUAUCCCUUGUUCCCGAUUCACACUCUUGGUACCCAUACCGCGGACUCUCCAUGAUGGCUGAGGGAAAAAUGGGCCCUCGAGGCCGGAGAACUCGACCUCAGACUGAGCCUUCUGCUCAAGGACGAGAACGAGUCCGUAGUGAAAAUUAUCUCCUGAUGGAACCAAACGUUGUUUCCUUCAACGGUCUUUCUUCGUUCUAUUUUUCUCGUUCGUCUCAUCUUUAGUUACUAGUUUUUAAUUACUUCCUAACCGUAUUUUCUAAUGCAUUUUUUUCUAAUCUACGUACAGAUUGUUUCGAUGAAUUGGUACUUCGGAAUCUCGAGCUUGUCGAGCGUGUCACGGCCCGAUCCUGAACAAGUUGUUAAUGGUCAAACUAGAUUACAGUUUAUCAGGCAAGUAACAAAGAGACUAAGUGAACACGUAGGCAAGUAGCAAUGGAGUUACGCUCGCUAAUGAAAGUUCAAUGGACGAGACAAUGAGCAAUAACGAUAGCCUAAGUCGGGCAAUUAGCGAUGGGAUCAAUUUCAAUUUGUAAUAUAUCCAAGUCCAUUCCAAGACUAAAGCAGCAUUUUACGAGAUUCAAUCAUUAUCUAUCAGAGGUGACGUUUUACUUUCAUUACUUAGAAAGUAUACUUGAAUUACAGAUAUAAGGUUCGUUUCUUUUUUCUUUUUUUUUUUUUUUUUUACAAAAAUUGAUCCGAUAUUCAAAUCACUCUAGUAACAUAAUUGAUAAUAUCAUAGAUAAUCACAAUUUAACGAUCGUGCCGCCAUUGCUGCUGUAUCUCUAUUAUUAAUUUGCAAUUCGAAAAUUGGGAUUCCGUUGUACCAUAAACUAGCUAACUAGCAUAAAUUCUACAUUUCCAUUUGUGUUGUCACGCGAUCGUGAUAACAAGCUAAAAGACAAUCAAACUUUGAUCGCUUCGAUCGAUGAUUUAUCAUCGAGAUGAUUAAUACCGGAGCUAACAAUAGAAUCACGGUUUCUAACUAUUUCCUUUCAAUCGCCUUUCGUGGAUAGUCGAUUAUAAAGAAUUCGCUUCGUGUCGUUUUUACAACGACUCGAUGCAGGCAAGGCAGGGCAAAACAUUGAAGAGCAAAUCGAUAUCCUGGAGUAUCGAGUUCUCACGGCAGUAAUUUUUCACAUUCUGUGAAAUUUGUUCGCGAACAUCCACGAAGGUUCUAGCAAUAAGGGUGUACCUGUGUAAAUUUAUUCCACAGAGAGCAACUUAUGAAACGAAGAUGAAACUACAAGAAGAAAAAAACAUAAGAAAGAUUCUAUUUUUUUCAUGAAUUAUUAAAGCGUGGAACACGAGGAAGAGCGAGGAGAAGGUGCCACGUCUUAAAGAGACGAUGAGGGUCCAUUUUUCCCAUAAAUUAAGGAACGACAGAGACAUACGAGAGACGAUCGACAUCUGUCACGGAAACGCGUGCUCUGGUUGAUCCAGCUUUGGGAUUCGAUCGAGUCUCGUGGCUAACGUACGAACCGAUUUGCAUUCGGUGAAAUAAAUAUACAUGUUCACCGGCGAAUGUAUCGUUAAUACUUUUUGUUCGUGGAAGAAGCGCCUCGAUACGAAUAUCACAUACGUCCGACUAAACCAGUAAAACGGUAUUCGUUUGAAUCGACGAUUUCGUGAUUAUCGAUGAAAAUAAAUUAUACAAUACGUUUUAUUCAUACGAGUUAGAAUUUGCUUGAUCGUAAUAAAACAAGUAUAACGAAGAAAUCAAUGAAGCGAGACAAAGUAUUGCAAAUUAAAGAUCGAGACUACUUCUUCGACGUUUCAAUUAUUUAACGGUAGACAAUCGUUUUAAGGCUCGCUGGUCGAGCCGAAUACAAAGAGCAAUCGGUAAGUGGUUACCAGAACAACUUUACGGGCAACAUGAAUGGCAAUUGAACAAAAAGAAAAAAAGAAAAAAAAUACAAACUCGGUGUUUAGAAGUCAUGCAAUUUUUGUAGCUCGUAGACUGACAACAGAGAUUCCUUUAACAUUCGCGAAUUUCAUAUACGAAGUUUCCGGAACAAAGAACAAAGGAAAAAGAGCACGAUCGCGAGGGCCACUGCAAGAAUCUUAUGUAAUUUCGAUUUUACGACUUUGUCCGUGUUGCUGUCAUAGCAGAUGUAUUAAAUAUUCCAUGAAAUUUUUUCGUACCGGUUAUAUCGAAACGAUAAAUAUCAACCGCACGUUAGAUUUGUCGCAAAUUUCCAUUUGAUUCUGGUAUUGAUCGAUAGUAUUUGUAAUGGCCCUCGAGACGUUAAUCUUUAAACGUACGUUUCGUUCUUUCGCUAGGACAAUUGUUAGGUAUAAUGUCGAGGAGAAUAUUCUAAAACGGGAUACAGCGUUUUAUCGAGGAUCUGCCAGAUCUUUGAAUAAACUGUGGCGACGUUAGAAGGAAUAGAAUAAUAGAAAAAGCGAAAGAAUCGAAACGCGACACAAAGUACGGACGAUGAUUGGUCCGAAAGUAUUGCGCUUACCCCGCCCGAGCUAGAAACAGAAAUUACGCUAUUAUAUCGUCAAAUAUAAAUCAUUCGAUACAUAUUUGUGAAAAGAUACGUGCGUGAUAAAAGUACUACAAUGUCGCGUGCGCGAUACGAUACUUUUACGACAUAAUUCUAUCAAACCUAAACGUGUAUUAAUGGUACAUAGAAAUCAAUGAUUUCGCUGACCAAAUCCUAAUUACGAACGGAUAUAACCUUUAUCGUAAUGAAUUUUAUAAAAGGCACAUUGAAUUACGAUGGCCUAUCGAAUUACGGGAUUCGUUUCAUUUUGAUUAGUAAUUUAUUUACACGUGUUUUUUGAUCCGGUGGUAUAUUUCUACGCGCAGUUGAAAUGUCCUCUGUAAUUUCAGUUUAUGUAACAACAGCAAUCUGGAAAUGCAUGCUGACUCAACGCUAGAUUAUCACGAUUCGAAUAAAUUUUCAUAGACCAAUAAACGACAAGAGUAUGGACCAUUCAAACAAUUUCGAACACGAUAAAGGUUAAAAUCUGUUAAGGCCCCAAUAUUACGAGUUACUAUUAUCUUGGAUGAUGACCUUCUCCCAGCGAUAAACGGGCAAUCGUUCCGAAAGAGAUGAAAAAGCGAAGUGAUUAUUCCGCGUUAACGUAAAGUUCUGUCUUGAGAACACCAGCCGGCUAUCUCUGAUCUAACCUGACUUGUACCUCAUUUCUAUCGAUCACUUCUGAGUCCCUCCGAAACCCUUAUCUAAAGCAAAAAUCUUUACUACCUAUACGUAUCGUUAAUAACGAUUCAAUUCUAGGACUCGACCUGCAACGUCUUUUAGCGACUUAACGUCGUCUUGGAAACUCUAGUCUCGUUCUUUCGAAGGCAAAAAUGAGGCAACGAUUCUUGAUGGCCUAUAGAAUAAUCUCAAAACGUGCAGCACAAAGUCGAUUCAUUGGUGUAAAAGUCUUUAAAAAAAAAGACAUUCACAUAUACACACGCGCACACGCACACACGCACAUAUAUAUACAAACACGAAACGAACGAAAAGAAACGAAUGUUUAGAGGUAGAAGAGCAACACACGAGCAGAUUGUUUGACAAACGCAAAAUCUGAUCGGCCUACAAACAUAUCCUAACGUUUCUUUAAGAGUACAUUAGGCACGAGGAUACUUUCGACGAGAGCUCUCGAGUCGAAUAAUCGAUGCGUAAUAGUCGCCACGUUGACAAGCGUUCCUCGAAAACAUCCUCGUCCGAUGUUAAUCGCACGGACAAUCCUGUUGAACGAAUGCAAUCAUCUAAAACUGUAGACGAAAGGUUUUUCCUUUCUAAAUGGCUAAGCACGCCGUAGACUCAUUUUCUACUAAAUCGUCGAUGCGAACUAUUUAUUAAUUACCGAUUACCAUUGUGAUCGUUAGCAUCGCGAUUUCUAUAAACGCUGUCGCUGAAUUAUUUUCCUAGCAAGACUGCAUUUGUCGUCGGUGAUAUUUCACGAAGCUCUAGAUGGAUUUCGAUUGAAACGGAAUGAUACCUUCUAAUCUUCCAAAAGCUUUUCAACUCCCGUAGGAUUUAUGGAUACAGGUCGUACAACCACGCGAUUCGCUACGACCUCGUUUCGUUUCUUCAAAAGGCAUUAAAAUAUACCUAUAUAUUUUCAUCUUGAAAUUAUUUAAGCUUCUAACGAUGAGAAAAUGACGAUAUUAAAAGAGAGUACACUUCUUUUCCGCCGUCACUUUUUUCUACGAAAUAAGAGCAGCCUUCCGAUAUCGAAUAUAAAUCAAGUCUGCCCAACUUUGUGACUAUUGUAAUCGCCUAUAUAAAAGAAUACUAUAUAUAUACAUACAUAUAUAAAUAUACACGUAAUAUAGAUAUUUGAAUAUAAAAGAAAUCUAUAUAUAUACACAUAUAUAUACAUACAUAUACAUAUAUACAUACACAUAUAAGGAUAAGAAUGCUACAUGAGGAUACAUAUGCCGUAUCGAAAUUGACAAUCGAGAUCAUUGAUCCAAAUUAUGUAUGCUACGAAUCUUUUAGCAGUCUUUUAGCAGAUAUCCCAUACGUAAUUAUAAAUUAUCAAGGCACAGUCACGUGUAAGAUAAUCGUAGAGAUGUAUAGACAUAAUGUCAUCGAUAUAAUUGUAUGUAUGUACCUGCGAUAUCGUACGAUGUACAUCAACGGGAUAAUCGAUCGCGUUUGCAUAAAGGGAUAUAGUGGAAUGAGCAUUUAGGAAACAUUGCAAAUAAGCCGCUUUCGAGUCGAGGUAUAUCGUUGUCGAGUCGUGAUCGAACGUCCCGAGAAACGAAAUACAGUAAAAAUUAGGGAUUACAUCCAAGCAACAACCUCUUCCCGUACAUAUCGGUGUUGUAUGUACUUGUUCUAACGUCUAAGUGUCCAAAGACAAUCUCAUCGAUUCGCGCCUAUGCUUGCGUGGAUCAAACGUCGGGCAUGCACAUUACGCGCAGGUUAAAAUCAAAUUCCACAUGAUAUAUCACUGUGAUCGAUACGAAUAACGACAAUUAAACUAAUAAAUUAUAAUUUGCUUUUCGCCAGACUCUACAUACAUACGUGUAUACAACUGAACAUGACGUAGAUUUCGUUGAACGUUAGAGUAUCUCUAGCCCUGUCAUUGUGCACGUGCAUUUCUAUUUGAAAAACUCUUCUCGCGUAACUUUCUAUAUAGCCGAAAGAGAAAUAUGAUCUCCAAAGUAAGAAAGAUUCUAGACACUUAGCUCAAAGCUAUUACACUAUCAAAGUUUUAGCGAGUAAAAAAAUAAAGAGGCGCAGAUAAAAUAAAAUACAGAUAAAAUAAAAUUAUCCCGAAGAUAGAAUUCUCAGAUUCUUUUCUAUAAUUCGAAUGUUAGAAACUCUUAGAUAGACACGUUUCGAAUUGACUAUAGCGUUAUGAAAAGUUAGUAACUUUCGCUUCCGUUUAUUCCUUCCAAGUGUAAGGAUCAAUUCGACUAUAAUCACGCAAUUGAAUGCAAUCAUAUGAAAAGAUCUGAUUCGUUACCGUUCUUUAGUGACCGCACAGUUUCAUACAAAUUGUACAGAUACUGCUCAAUUACGGCCUAAAUCGUAAAAGAAACAGGCAAGCGAACGUGAAGUAAAUAUUUUCGACAAGUGCUUGAUCCUCGUAAACGGAUACUUUAUCGCGGGAUCGAUGAUAUCGAUCGUGCUGGCGUGCUAGCGUACUUACAUGUACACGUUUGUGCACGGACCGACGCUGUUCGUCGUUAGCAACGGAUGAUUGAUUGUGCGGCUAAUGACGAUUGGUCAGUCGCUUGUAAAGUAUAUAAUAUCACAAGACAAAUGUAAUACGACUAAUGCUUUAAAUGUCGAGUGAAAUCGAUAACUGGUGUUUAUGGAACGAAAAAGAAAUAAAAAACAUGAAUGCCAAAGGAUGACAAUAAUCAUCCAAGACCUAUAAACGUCAGUUGUUGAUACACUAGAUGACGUACAUACCUACGCGGCUAAAAUAAUAAAACUCCAACACUGAUCGAAAGUUUGUUCAAUUCUUGCAUAGUUCUACUAACGUGUGCUAUCGUUGACAUAAGUUCUUAAGGAUUGAUCAUUAUCGUUCCAAUGUGGAUGAAUUACAUGUGAAUAAUUAAACACUGGUGGUACAGUUAAAAUAGUAUACUGACUUGCGUUUAUUUUGAAAUGAUAAGAGUUAACAUUUAAAUAAUGUUAAGAUCAGUCUUUAAGUUAUCCGUUGGAUGUAUCCUAAGCUAUGCAAGGAUUAAAAGCGCCCUAAAUUUCGAGUGUCUACUUGUAAAACAUAUCUCAGCCAGUCUACUGCGUAAUUUCCGAUAUUACAUUUCUCUUUUAUAUCCCUUUAACUUUCUCCUAUAAGGCAACGCUUUUCUAACAUACUUACGGUAUAAUGCGAGCAACGUCGGAAGGGAAAAUUGUCACGUGCGAUAUGUGGUCGAGACUUCGUGAAAUUCUGAGCGGAACAAGAAGUUUCAAUGGUACUUCAUUCACGCUUAUCACCAACCUUCUUACGUGCUCAUCUAUCUAUAAAACUCGUAUUACGGAAAGCGUUCCAUUCGGAUAGUAAUGCGGAUUACGAAACUCGUAGUAGACACGCUGGGUGAGGCAUCUUUAAGAGGUAGUUUUAAGCAUAACUUAGAUGGUGUAUCGUUCUAUACAGAAAAUUUCAUGUGAUGUCCUUACGUGUUAAGUGUUGAUUGUCGCACAUGUGGAUUAGAAUCACGAUGUGCGGUAGACUUACGGGUUAAUCGAGUAACGAUAAAUCUUAGCAAUUACACGAUCGACUAUGUUCGAUUUAUUCUGUGGCGAUAGUACGUUGUGUAAGUAAGUAAAGCCGUAAUAGAAGUCCGCACAGAAGUGUCUUCGAUGUUGCGUGACACAUUAUAUUCUAUCCAGGCAGUUUCAUCAACGAAGCUAGAUUUUCCUUCUGCUAGUUUAUUUUUCUCGUUGAAAGGAAUCGUUUGCAGGUUUGACAAAAUUCGAAAUUUUGCUCGUGCGCAGACAGAAAGACGCUUCUUUGACGAUAGUACUCUCAAAAGGUUAAUCGAUUCCUCAAACUUUAAUUAAUCAUCGCACGUACAUACCUGGGCGACGAAAUCGUAUCGAAGUUGCGAUACGAUACGGGAAGACACGAUCGAAAGAUGAAAGAAUGAGAAAGUACGAGAACUCCAUUUCUUUUUUCUCAUUGAUUUAGCAAAAUGCUCGCACAAAAUUUAAUUUUCUACAGUUUCAACUGUGAAAACCGACUUUACUGUUCUAACGAUACUAAACGAUAAUGAAACGUGUGCCGACGACGAUUCAUUCUGUGCAACCUUGUUUCAAAUUUUAUCAAUUUUAUUAACCAGCGUUUAUGCUUUGCUGAUUUCUGUAGAAAUUAUGCACGCGAAUACCUUCCAGGACAGUGUGUUUCAACUAGAUCGUUGAUUCCUAUUCGUUGGUCGAGAGAACAUACGAAAGCUUCGGCUCACGAGGUCACACGAGUGUAAUCCAUAAAAAAGUAUGUGUAUAGCUGAGUCAAUAAUUCUAUUGAAUGUUACAGAUGAAAGUAUAAUAACAUUAUAAUUUUACUGAAGAGAAACGAUACAGUAGAACGACGGAAUUUUUGCGAUUCCUUUCGUUACUUGCAGUUUAAGCGUACGUAAUUUUAUCAAUGUUGCAAAUAAAACUACGAUUCCAGAGUUUAUCGAGAUAGAGAGAUACAGAGAAGUUUAUAAUGGUUCCUUCAAACUAACAAGUUAAAUAUCAGUAAUUUUAUCAGUGUUGCAGAAUGAACAAAUUAUAGUCCCAGAGUUUAUUACAGAUCGAUGCACAAUAAAUCGCAAUACACAAUGAUUCCUCGUUGAAUAUUAUAGAUUCCUCUGGCUUGAGAUACAAUAAUGGAAAAACUAUUUCAAUAUAUAAUUCCUAUAAAAAUUAUGAUUUUAUUGUAAGAGAAAUAAAUUGUAUAAUUCUAUUAAAAUGCUAUUAAAAAUGAAAAUGUAAAAACGUAUUGAAAAUUUAAAUACUUGCCCGAUAACCAAUAAUAUGUACGCGGUUGGAAAUCACUGUUCUAGGAAUAAAAGUACGAGAAACAAAGAAAGAAAACUGACAUAAUGAAGAAACGAAGAGGGAACUUUAAUAAUUCUGAUUAGGAUCGAUAAUGAAUCGAGGAUGACACGAAAAGAAAAAUACUUUGCGGAAGUCGCGUCAAAUCUUGAGUAAAGCGCGUUUCGAUGAAAGGUUGUUACGUCGCUGGUGAUUUAUUAUUGUGCGUAACAUAAUGACUGAUUUUUUGUAGUAUGUAUGGACGCAAGUAAAGCGUGUCGCGCGAGUCUUUCGAAUUUUUCGCCCAUUCCUCCUCUCGAGGAACUUUGUGGAUUUGUGUACCCCAUCCGUAACCCCAGUUGGCCUACUCCCUUAAUAAGAAAGAUGUAUAAACGGAUAUUGUACAAAUACAGAUAUGACAAAAACGAAAA